AUGGAGAAAUACGAGAAGCUUGAGAAAGUUGGUGAAGGAACAUAUGGGAAAGUAUACAAAGCGAUGGAGAAAACCACUGGGAAACUCGUCGCAUUGAAGAAGACGAGGCUCGAAAUGGACGAAGAAGGUAUACCACCUACUGCUCUUCGUGAGAUUUCUCUUCUCCAGAUGUUAUCUCAGUCGAUCUACAUUGUUCGACUUCUCUGCGUCGAACAUGUUCUUCAAUCAAAAGACUCGAUUUCUCCAUCUCCACCGGUUUCUCAAGCCCAGAAAUCAAAUCUCUAUCUCGUAUUCGAGUAUCUCGAUACGGAUCUAAAGAAAUUCAUUGAUUCGUAUAGGAAGGGUACGAAUCCUAGACCACUUGAAGCUUCUCUUGUGCAGAAGUUUAUGUUUCAGCUUUGUAAAGGUGUGGCUCAUUGUCAUAGUCAUGGUGUGCUUCAUCGUGAUCUUAAACCGCAGAAUCUUCUUUUGGAUAAGGAUAAAGGUAUCCUUAAGAUUGCUGAUUUGGGUCUUAGUCGUGCUUUCACUGUUCCUCUCAAGUCUUAUACGCACGAGAUUGUGACGCUAUGGUAUAGAGCUCCUGAAGUUCUUCUUGGCUCUACUCAUUACUCUACUGCUGUUGACAUUUGGUCUGUUGGAUGCAUCUUUGCUGAGAUGAUUCGGAGGCAAGCUCUUUUCCCUGGUGAUUCCGAGUUUCAGCAAUUGCUUCACAUUUUCAGAUUGCUAGGAACACCAACUGAGCAGCAAUGGCCUGGUGUAAUGGCUCUGCGUGACUGGCAUGUGUAUCCAAAGUGGGAGCCGCAAGACUUAUCACGUGCGGUUCCAUCUCUAUCCCCUGAAGGAGUUGAUCUUCUCACGAGCAUGCUGAGGUACAAUCCAGCAGAGAGAAUUUCAGCAAAAAUAGCUCUCGACCAUCCGUACUUUGACAGCCUCGACAAAUCUCAGUUCUGA